UCAAAUGUGAAACAGAAAUAUCAUUGGGUGAGAAUUGCCUGAAGGACAAUCUCUGUUGCUAGACAGGAAGACUGCAGAAAAGAAAGGAGCAGAGAGGGAAGGAUAGAACAUUUUGUCCAGACUGUGAAAUUAUCACCCUGGGUUUUGCCACGUUCCUGUCUCGGCAGGAGGAACUGAAAUUCAGCAUGGGAGCAGCAAAUGAAACAGCAGCAACCGAGUUCAUCCUUGAGGGUUUUCCAGAGCUUGAUCAAAGGCUGCAGCUGCUUCUCUCUCUGAUCCUUCUGCUCAUGUACCUGACAACAGUGACAGGGAAUGCAAUCAUCAUUUUCCUCGUGCGUGUGGAUCACCACCUGCAAACCCCCAUGUACUUUUUCAUUAGCAACCUGGCCUUCCUGGAAAUCUGCUUUACAUCCUCCACAAGCAUUAAAUUGUUUGCCAUCCUGAGUUCUGAUCAAAAAACCAUCUCCCUGAGCAGCUGCUUUGCCCAAUCCUAUUUCUAUUUUGCCCUGGGUGGCACAGA